GUUGAGAGGCAAUCAGUGGGACGGUUACCCGAUAAAAUUGAAUUGCUUCAAGACGGAAGAAAAUGGAAGAAAACCUGCACUACUGUCUGGAGGGGGCAUGCUCGCACACAAUUUGCAGACUGUAAAGGUUCUGUUAAGCGCAGCAAGGAACACUGUCCAUUUAAGGUGCAGUUUGGGGUAACCAAUACCACUCAGUUUGAAAAAAAGCAUGACGGGAAACAGGUGUGCAAAGGAUGCGGCAGUGAAGGUCAAUUUGUACCUUGCAGUGCAUGUAGGUACCUACAUUACAGGAAAAAUGUUACCGUCUAUCACGUUGGAGAACACACAUGUCCUGUUACCCCAAUACAGAAAAAGAAUGACAUCAAGACUGUCGAGCAACUGGUCAGGAACAACCCAAAUAUAAAGUCUUCUGAGAUACAGUGGACAGGAGAGUAA